GUUCUGAAGUUCUGGUGUGAAUACUCGAGUCCGUAGCCUUAGCGGCCCGGUUAGGUUCUGAUGACGUCAUAAAUGAAGCCUUUAAGAGGCUCUGGAGCCAACAUGCAGUUACACUGUGAAGUAAAAGUUCAGAUACAGCGAGUUUGUGUCUGCAGUUCUUUUUUUAUGACUUAAGGUUAACAGUGUAUGCUGCUCUGAACCAAACUCUUAGUUUAAAGUAUCAAUAUUAAUGGUUUUCGGUGUUUAAAGACUCCAGACUGCAGUUUAUUCAUCUUCUUUAACUCUUGAGAACAGAACAGAUCUCAGACAAUUCGGUUCUUACUUUAUUCCUUUAAUUUCUUCCUGUUUGCAUUAAGCUGCUGCUUCUCUCAUCAAACGUCGAUAUGUACUCAGGUGUGUGUGAGACGUAGCGUGGGCCGCAGAUAGCUGUGGUUUUACAGAAGUUUUCACGCUUUUUGUAAAUGAAUGAAUGAAUGAAACCCACGGACAUGGCAGAAGGUGACCGCAACGUGGUGACUUGGAGGGGGGGUGACCUGUGGCACCAUUUAUCGUGCAAGACACGGAAGUGUGAUGAAACUUCCGCUACACCUGAAGGGGAAGCGUCACACUGAGUGUGCUGCUGGUGUUGACCUGAAGAGUAGGCUGGCAGGUAAACGUGUAUGCAGUCUGUGGUGUGAAGCUCCUGCUGCUCAGGUGUUUUCACUGAAGUCCGUUUCAUCUGAUGAGAGGAAGCACCGUGAACGCAACUGUGUUAGUGCAGGUUUUAAAUUGGCGUUUUAUUCGGUACAUCUGUCCAGACUCAACGAGUUAAAUACAACAGGAAGAGAUUGUUAAGUGUUAUUUUUAGAAAUUUAAAAUAUUUUUCAAGUAUUUUUGGCAAUUCGGCUAUGUUUAUCACAAACUCUUAAUUGAAGUUGAUAUUAAAUAUUAUCACUCAUUGUUUCUUAUUUUGUCCUCUAGUGUACAUAGACUAGGGUGUCAGAAUAUUAGAAAUUCCUCAGUAGUCUGUUAAUAUGCAUCACAUUCACAGUGUGAUGGUUUUCUAACAGUCGGUGACAAACACUAGUGUUACAUUUGUUCACAUCAGCGGGUUAUUCUCAUGGCUAACUGAUGUUGCUGUUUAACCAUCAUGCUCGGCGGUUUAAAGGACACUCAUAAUUAAAGUGCUUCUGUGCUGCAGUCAGAUUUAGAGGUAAGCAGAUUGGAGGAAGCUGGAGUCUCUCUCCUGGUGACUGACGUUUGUGUUUCACUGAUGCUGGUUUGUAGAUCCUCAGUUUUUUCUUCUUUUACCUUAAACAGAUGUGCUGUGCUACUUGAAAAGAUUCUAAUGCUGCUUUUGCAUUUCUGUAUUUUGAAAAUAUAUCAUGCUGUGAUUCCAUAUUUCAUCAUCUGAAGUCUGCUCAGACUUCUGCAGCUUUGUUUUCCGAUUAAUGAAGGUUGUCAGUACAGACACCUGUGUACAGGUCACCACCUGGAUGACUGACUGUAUCCGACCCCAGACUUAAGUCAGUCACUUGGUCAAAGGUUGCUUCCCGUGUGUUUUUAAAGACUUUAACAACGAGAUGGUUUAGGUCACAGCUCCUGACUGAGGUGUCUGUCUGUGUGAGAAGGAUCAGAAUCCCAGUGUUGUUGUCCUGACGUGGAUUAACGAGGGUCAGAUUUACUGCAGGGCCUCAGGCAGACGAGCUCCACCUUUGUCUUCACUGACCUGAUUAACUGUUUGUGCAGAUAAGAUAUGGUGGAUAUUUACAGUUUUCACUGCUGUGGUCACUGUUUGCUCUGCUUCAGAUGUUGUAAGAAAGAAAAUUUACUGGAUGUGAUAUCAGAGGCUGCAGAGACUCUGCCCCCCCUCAUAUGGACAUAAUUCAUGAACAGAUAUGAGGAUGGUUGUGUUGCUGUUAUCUGUAGUUUACACCUAUUUUGUGUUUAGUCUGAGAUUUAGACAAUUUCACCUUUUUAAAAAAAAUAAAUAAAUAAAUCAGUAAGCAUGACUUUUGAGUUUGAAUCUUUACAGCAUCAUCACGUCAAACUCAGGAGCUUAGACCUGCUGUUUUUUACUGCAUCUUAAAUAUUAUAAUUUUUUUUAAAGUUUUAAAAAAUCAACUUGCAGUAAAGUGUGGUCAAGUUGGAAAUUCCAUACACUACAAUAAUACAGCGAUGAACCAACACAUAGGAAACUCACAUUAAAGACUCAGGGACAGAAUACACUGACACAGUUGCUGCAGGACUUAAACCACUGAAGGAGCUUUGGAGCUUUUUAACAGAAAUCUAACCUCUUACAGCAACGUGGGUCCUCUGUUCCACAAAGAUGCAUGACAUGCAUUACCAUACAAUUACAGUGUUUUGUGCGUGCUUCCUUCAGAGCCCACCAUGCCGAUCGACAUGCCCCUGUACCUCUCCAAAGAGGAGUUUUCCUACAGGAAGACUCCGAAAACUUGUAAACCUGCUCUGAGGUUCCAGCACUCGCACCUCCUCGAUCAGUCCGAGCUCCAGGAUGACAGAUCCACGAGCGAAAACGGGACCAAAACUAAAAAGCGGGUAACGUUUGCCGACCACAAAGGCCUGGCUCUGACCCGAGUGAAGGUGUUCUGUGCGUUCAGCGACUCCAUCGACAUUCCCAUGAACAUCCAGGAGAUGCUGAGCUCAGCUCUGUCGCUCAAAGCCGAGGAGGACCGGCUGGUGCUGGGCUUCGCUCAGCCCGCCUCAGACUACCUGCUGUUCCGUCAGCGCCUGGAGGAGAACCUCGUCUGCCUCGAGCACUGCCUGCUGAAAGAGAAGGCGUUCGCGGGAACCGUCAAAGUCAGGAACGUGUCUUUUGAGAAGUCAGUGAAGGUGCGUGUGACCUUUGACUCGUGGAAAAGCCACACGGAUGUGGACUGUGUGUACAUGAAGGACUCCUAUCCCAGCCUGCACCACGACACCUUCUCCUUCGAAGUGUCUCUGUCCGGUGAGCUGAAGCCGCACGAGCGUAUCGAGUUUGCCGUCUGCUACCAGGUGGAUGGCUGCGAGCACUGGGACAGUAACCAAGGCAACAACUACAGCAUCACGUGGUCCUCGAUGAGGAGGGGCCAUCAGCAGGCCUGCAGCAGCCCUUCCUGUGACUUUGGGGUUCACUUCGACCGAUACGGCAGCCCCACAUGUUCGCACGGGAUCUUCCCUGAUUGGCCGGGCUAUGCCGGAUACGAGAACAUCGGCCCGUACUACUGAGCGCGCUUGCUCUGUUUUUAAAGCACACACUGCUAUGCUGCACAUACAUGCAGACUCACUUUUACAAACAUGCCUCCAUUAA